AUGAUAUAACUACCUACUUUUAUAAUGGUAUUUUAUCAUUAUAAUUAAUUUGUAUCAUUAAAAAUGAGGUUGGACUGUUAAGUAAAAUAAAUAAUUGUAUAGAACAAAUUUAAAAAAAAUUAUCUAGGUAAAGUAACCUUAUUAAGUAACAAUUUCGACAUGUAAACCUAAGCAUGUCCACUCACCCAUAAAAUUUUAAUUUUUUUAGGUAUCCAGAAGCUGCUAACAAUUACACAUUUAUUCAAGGACAGAGAAGAUGGAAGAGGAUGCGUAGGUCUCGUCAACCAAAUGGCGGACGCAUACCAGAGAACAUCCAUGAGCUCGCUGAAGCUUUGACCCUGCCAGAGAAUGCUGCGUACGCUUCAAACACCUCCGUCAAGAUUCUUCCAACAAGAACUGGUUAUCAACGGAAGAAGCGAAGGAGUUAUUUUUGCAAACUUGGAUGCAAUAAGAAGAUUUAGGGAAGAGUUGGCCACAGUAACAACUGUAGGUAUUGAUAGAACAUUCAAGACUGUUCCAGCUGCUCCAGCAGACUUGAAAAGUUUCCUGACUUUUCAAGUGGUAUUUAAGAGUGUGUCGUUCCCAAUGGUGUAUGUCUUUCUAAGAAGUCGGACAGAAGAAACUUACAUCACAUUAUUUAACAUUGUACGUCAAAUUUUACCUCUUAACUAUAAUUUAAUUCGGUUUGUUACAGAUUUUGAAAGAGGACUCAUGAAUGCAGUUCAACAAGUAUUUCCAGAAAGCAGAUUGGGGUGUUGCUGGUUUCAUUACACCCAAACGAUAGUACGGUAUUGUCAUCGUAAAUCGAAUGGUGUUUUGGAUCUAGUCAAGAGAAGUCCUGAAGCAGCUCGUGUUUUCAGAAUGGUUCUUGCACUGCCUCAUCUCCCUGCUGUUAGGGGUCAUCCUCUAUGUCCUCGGUUUUGUAUGUAUGAUGGUUUCAGGGCCAUCAUGCAGUAUGUUCAACAAUUUCCUGAAGUUGAACAGGGAAUGAGAAAUUUUUUAAUUGGAUAUAUUGAACAUUAUUGGUUUUUUCAGGUUCGUCCAGAGUUUUUCAGUGUUUUUGGAGAAGACUAUCGUACGAACAAUUACUUGGAAUCAUUUCAUUCGACAUUACUGGUGCAAAUGGGACGUCAUCCUAAUGUUUGGGAUUUUCUCCGGAAAUUAACUUACAUUGAAAAUCAGUUUUCAGUUGAGUUUAAUCAAGUACGGAAUAAUCUCACGGUUAGAGAUGGCAUAUCCAGAUCACAACGAGUUUUAGCCACUCAUCUAAUUGCACAAAAUGUCCAGCUCCUUAAUGAAGAACAGGACCUCUUGAUGUUUUUGCGAAGCACCGGUCACCAAAAUGAUGGAUAUGUCCAAAGGGAAAUUGGACCAUAUGCGCGGCCAUGAAGAAAGCCUUUCU